AUGAGAUUGGUUUGUGAGAAGAAAGAGGAAGAGCUUGAAGAGAGGGAGAAAAAAGUUGAGUUGCUUUCUAAGUUGAUCGAUGAAAAGUCAUGUGAGUUAGAUAGGAGUAGGAGAGUGAAAGAUUUUGAUCUGAAGGAAAAAGUAUCGAUUGAGAGAAGGAGCAAAGAAGCUGAGGUUGUGGCAUUAUCUCUUGAGCAGCUUGAAGCGAAGGAGAAGGAGCUUAGCUUACUUGAUGAAGCUGUGAAAGAGAAAUUAGCUGAAUUUGAGAAGAAAAACAGAAAGAAAAAGCUGAGGAGAUUGAGGAGUAGACCAAGUUUCUUGAGUUAA